AUGGCCGCUUCCAAGAACAUACACCGGCAUGGAGGGCUGGUCCUGUUGUGUACGAUGAUGGGGACGCUGUGCCAGAUCGGGGAAGGACAGAUUCGCUACUCGGUGCCAGAGGAGACAGACAAAGGCACGGUCGUGGGUAACGUCUCCAAGGACCUGGGACUGGAGUCGCGCGAGCUGGCGGAGCGCGGGGUCCGCAUCGUCUCCAGAGGUAGGUCGCAGCUUUUCUCCCUGAACCCGCGGAGCGGCAGCUUGGUCACCGCUGGCAGGAUAGACCGGGAGGAGCUGUGCGCCCAGAGCGCGCCCUGUCUUGUAAAUAUUAACAUCCUAGUUGAGGACAAAGGAAAACUCUUUGGAGUAGAAAUCGAAAUAACUGAUAUUAACGACAAUAAUCCGAAGUUUCAUGUUGAAGAUCUGGAAGUGAAAAUUAACGAAAUCGCUGCCCCUGGAGCACGGUAUCCACUCCCAGAAGCUGUUGAUCCAGAUGUGGGCAUAAACUCCCUCCAGAGUUACCAGCUCAGCCCCAACCAACACUUCUCUCUACACCUGCAAACCGGAGAUGAUGGAACUAUAAACCCAGAGCUGGUGCUGGAGCGCACCCUGGACCGAGAGGAAGAGCCCACUCACCACCUGGUCCUCACUGCCUCCGAUGGCGGCAACCCGCGCCGCUCCAGCACAGCGCUCAUCCAGGUCACAGUGUUGGAUACAAACGACAAUGCCCCUGUUUUCGACCAACCGGUUUACCGCGUGAAAGUCCUCGAGAACGUGGCCCCUGGCACUUUGCUGCUCACGGUGAGAGCUAGCGACCCGGAUAAGGGUGCCAAUGGGAAAGUGACAUAUAAAUUCCGAAAAGUUAAUGAAAAACAGUCCCUGUUAUUCCAUCUUCAUGAGAACACCGGGGAAUUGACAGUAGCGAAAAAUCUAGACUAUGAAGAAUGUUCAUUAUAUGAAAUGGAAAUACAGGCUGAAGAUGUGGGGGCGCUUCUAGGGAGGAGCAAAGUGAUAAUUAUGGUAGAAGAUGUAAACGACAAUCGGCCAGAAGUGACCAUUACAUCCUUGUUUAACCCAGUGAUGGAAAAUUCUCUUCCUGGUACAGUAAUUGCCUUCUUAAAUGUGCAUGAUCGGGACUCUGGAAAGAACGGUCAAGUUGUCUGCUCCAUACAUGAGAACUUACCUUUUAAAUUAGAAAAGUCAAUAGAUAAUUAUUAUAGAUUGGUGACAUGGAAAUAUUUGGACCGAGAAAAGGUCUCUAUGUACAAUAUCACAGUGAUAGCUUCAGAUCUAGGAGUCCCACCUCUGUCUACCGAAACUUGCAUUGCCCUGAUUGUGGCAGACACUAAUGACAACCCUCCUCGUUUUCCUCAUACCUCCUACACAGCCUAUAUCCCAGAAAACAACCUGAGAGGAGCCUCCAUCUUCUCCUUGACUGCACAUGACCCUGACAGCCAGGAAAAUGCACAGGUCACUUACUCUGUGUCUGAGGACACCAUACAGGGAGUGCCUUUGUCCUCUUACAUCUCCAUCAACUCAGACACUGGUGUCCUGUAUGCACUGCAAUCUUUUGACUUUGAGAAGAUCCAAGACUUGCAGUUAUUGGUUGUUGCCAGUGACAGUGGAAGCCCACCACUCAGCAGCAAUGUGUCACUGAGCUUGUUUGUGUUGGACCAGAACGACAAUGCACCCGAGAUUCUAUACCCUGGCCUUCCCACAGAUGGCUCCACUGGUGUGGAACUGGCUCCCCGCACUGCAGAGCCUGGAUACCUGGUGACCAAGGUGGUGGCGGUGGACAGAGACUCAGGACAGAACGCCUGGCUGUCCUAUCGCCUGCUCAAGGCUAGCGAACCCGGGCUCUUCUCUGUAGGGCUUCAUACGGGUGAGGUGCGCACAGCCAGGACCCUGCUGGACAGAGAUGCACUCAAGCAGAACCUGGUGAUGGCGGUCCAGGACCAAGGCCAGCCUCCACUCUCUGCCACUGUAACUCUCACUGUGGCGGUGGCUAACAGCAUCCCUGAAGUGUUGGCUGACUUGAGCAGCAUUAGUACCCCUGGGACCCCAGAGGAUUCUGAUCUCACGCUCUACCUGGUGGUGGCAGUGGCUGUUGUCUCCUGCGUCUUCCUUGUCUUUGUCAUUGUCCUCCUAGCACUCAGACUUCAGCGCUGGCACAAGUCUCGCCAGUUCCAGGGCUCCAGAGGUGGUUUGACCCCUGCUCCUCCCUCACAUUUUGUGGGCAUUGACGGGGUACAAGCCUUUCUGCAAACUUAUUCUCAUGAAGUCUCCCUCACUUCAGGCUCCCAGACAAGCCACAUUAUCUUUCCUCAGCCCAACUACGCAGACAUGCUCAUUAACCAAGAAAGCAGUGAGAGAAAUGAUUCUUUAUUAACAUCCAUAGAUUUCCAUGAGAGUAAGGAUGAAGACGCUUGUGCUCAGGUAAGUUCGGUUGUCUGA